GGUAUUCGGUAUUGAGGUUUUACAUGUGAAAAUUAGCCAACAUAAGCUGUUAUUGAAAUGGGAAAAGAACUUGGACCUUUGGCUAAGCACCAAAAAGAAGUUGAUGGUCAAAAGAAAUUGAUUGAAAAGCAAAUCAAAGACAGCACAAAAUUGUUAGGCAAUUCUAAGUUGAAAAAUGAUGAAGAAAAGCUCAAAGAACAAUUUAAAGGAUGUUAUGAAAUAAAAUUGAAGGUUGAAGAGUUCAUUGUAGCAGCUAAUGAACUAGAUGAAGGAAAUGAACCAUCUAAAGUCAAGGGAUUUGAUAACAAGAAGAAGGCGGAGUUAACAAGACUCGAGAAAUGGCAGACACAGCUAGACACCCAGAUGAAGAAACUUUUGCCCGAUGAGAAAGGGGAGGAAUACCUCAAGGAAUUGAAGGGUGAAAGCGAAGAGGUUGAGGAAGAGGAGGAAGAAGAAGGUGAAGAGGAAGAAGUAGAAGAAGAGGAGGAAGAGGGAGAAGAGGAAGAAGAAGAGGAGGAGGAAGAAGAAGAAAGUGAAAAACAAGAUUCCAAGAAAAAGGAAAAAGAGGCAACAGAAAAAGUGGGUAAGAAAGAAAAAAAAGAGAAAGAAAAAACUGAAGAAGCAGAGGAAGAGGAGGAAGAAGACGAUGAAGAUGAAGAAGAGGAGGAAGAAGAAGACACAAUGAAAACAGAGAGUAAACCAAAAGCCAAAGUAGUUAAAGAAGAAGAUGAAGAGGAGGAAGAAGAUGAUGAUGAAGAGGAGGGAAGUGAAGAGGAGGAUGAUGAGGAAGAAGAAGAUGAUGAGGAAGAAGAGACAGAGAAAAAGGAAGACAAUGAUAUGGAGCAAACAACUAUUGAGGGCCUUCAGUUUGAGGGACUUUAUGAUUACGAGGGGAAGGAAGAGGGAGAUUUGUCCUUCAAACAAGGAGAAAUUUUGACCAUCAUUAACACAAGAGAGGAUGGUUGGUGGGAGGCAGAAAAUAAAGAUGGAAAAAGAGGAACUGUACCUAAAACUUUCCUUAAGAUGCACAAUAAAUACAAACAUGUACAGCAGGAUGAAGAGGAGGAAGAUGAAGAUGAAAAGGAAAAUGAUGAUGAGGAGGAGAAGACAGAAGUCAAGAGCAGCCAGAAGAAAGGCUGGGGAAGCAUUAAGAGGGCUCUAGGAGAGACAAGUGUAACGGAUGUCCUACAUGCUUUAGGAGCCAUGCCCUCAGGAUUUCGGCCUUCAACACUCGGUCCUAAGUUUUUCAAGGAUGAGAAUUUUACGAUGACGAGCUACCUAGCACCGAAGUUAAGUGACUCCAAUGUGUCAUACAGGGACCUGUUCUACAUACCCAAGGAGAGCAAGUUAAGACCAUUUUCUACAAAGAUGGACAGAAUUAUUCUGAUUCAAGGAUGUAAACAAAUCCCACUGCCAGGAACUGGAGUUGAUGUGGUGGGACGGCAUGUCAGAAUGUGCCUAUUUGAUGGACACAAUAUGCUGAGUAACAUCCAUACAGUGAAAGUGACAUCAGUUGACAGAGAACAGAAAGCCUGGUCAUUCUCCUCAAAGAUCAGUGAUACAAUGGACCCAUACCUCCACAGUGAGGUAUUCAUCAGAUCUAACGACACCUCCAAGUCCACAGUUGGAAUUUUAUUUGAGUUAUGUGUAUCAUACUGCAAAACUAAAACCAAAGAGUAUGGAGAAUUUAGCUGUGGAUGGGUCCACCUUCCUUUGGUGGAAGAGAACGGAGGUGUGAUAGCAAACAGAUCUUUUGAUCUCUAUGUUAAUGGAGGAACUCCUUAUGAGAAAGGAGUGGAAGUAGACCCCAGCAUCAGUAGGAGAAGAACAGUGCAAAAUCUGAGUGCUGCCAGUAGUUCAUUCAUGUCCAUGCUGUCAGGAAACAAACAACCCCGACUGAAUGUCAAGGUUAUGAUACCAAAAGCAGAACAGAAGGCCCAGCUAGACAACCUUCCAGAAGUGUUGCUAGGCAACGUUGCUCUCCUGCCAUAUUACUCGUACUACAGACAGAUUCUAGCUGACGAACUUCUGAGGAAUCGUCUGGACUACAAUUCCACAGAACUACUGCACAGUCCUGUUUUAGCAGUUUUUCCAAAGGCUGCCGAUCAGCAUGAUCUGAUGAAAGUUUUGAGGGAUACCUACAUAUCAAAAUCUAAGACGGUAAAACGAGUGGAAAUGAGAGACAGCGAGUUUAUGAAAAAGUUCUUCAAGGACUGUGUGUUAGAGAGUGUCUACCCACUCAUGCAUGACCUGAAUCUAAAACCUUACAGGUCUGGGAAUGUCCAAAUUGAGGAGGAAAGACUUGAAGAAAUUAACAAUUUCCUGACUAAAAAGACUGAGAGAAAAGGAAUUCUAGCUCUGCUAUUAUCCUCGGAGAUUGAAUUCUCUCCCUUGGACAUUAAAGAGGUUGCUUUUGAUGUCAUUGGACCACAUUGUUUGGCAGCAAAUUCCCAGGUUGUUGCAAAUGGCUGAAAAUGCAGAGCACUAUAAAAACUUGAAUAACUGUGAUUGACUGUGAUAGGAGCAAGUAUUGUGGCAGUUAUAAUGGUUGUACUUUAGACUUUAGAGCCAAGAGAUUUUAUAAGCCUCUCAGUAGGAGGACUGAUCUCAAACAGGGAAGGCUUUAUACCAGGUUGUCAUAUACAUUGUACAUUGUAACGGCAGCUUCCUAAUGUGGAGAUUUUACACCCAAUAAAUUAUUCUUAUUAAGACUUUUUAAAAAGUAAUUUAUGUAUUGUUGAGUUUCUCAAGUAAAGGCAUUAAUUAUAAAGAUAUGUAUUUGAGAGAGAGAAGGGGAAGAAGAGAGAGAGAUUUUGCUGUUGAGAAUGGAUAUAUUUACUAAAUACAGGAGAAACAAAUUUCAUUUUGUAUCUUUACUACCCCAAUUUCAGCCCAAGUUUUGCCAUGUGGACAAGACAUUCUACAGAAUAUUAUCAUUGUUUUCAUGUCUAAGAUAUAUUUUAUAGCUGUAAUUGAUAGUGUUAAUAAAAAGAAUUAUUUUCCUUA